GCACAGAGAGGUCACAUGGGCUGCUCGAGGUCAUACGACCAGAGCCCGGAGCUGAUCCCAGGUUUCUGUGUCGCCAGUGCCUAUGAAGCUGGCCCGCCCACGAGGACACCAUGCGUGUUGCUCUCCGGGGAGUCCCGCAGGCGACAUGGAUCGGGAAAGGAGCAGGUUCGGCGCAUCAGCACAACGGGGUGGUGUCUCCAAGUGUGCGAACACAAGACAAUGGCAUCUCUCCACCACAUCUUGGUUCUCUGUGUGGGUUUCCUCACCAUGGCCAACGCAGAAGCUCCACAAGAACAUGACCCAUUCACUUAUGACUACCAAACCCUGCGGAUCGGAGGGCUCAUCAUCGCCGGGAUCCUCUUCAUCCUGGGUAUCCUCAUCAUCCUGAGCAGAAGGUGCCGGUGCAAAUUCAACCAGCAGCAGAGGACUGGGGAGCCUGACGAAGAGGAGGGAACUUUCCGCAGCUCCAUCCGCCGUCUGUCCACCCGCAGGCGGUAGAGACACCUGGUACGACAGAACUCAGCCAGGAUUCCCCCGGCACCUGAUGCCUCCCACCCACCACCUGAGCCCCCGCCAGCACCUGGACUGCCCUCUUCGCCAGCCCUGCCCCCACAGACUCCUCUCUGCCGCCCAGACAUCAAUAAAACGUGCUUUUCUCUCUUGA